CGCAGCGAGAAAGGCGAACGCCUGGCCAAUCGGAGGCCGCCGAUCCCGACCUCGCGCCGCGGCCCGGUCCAAUCGAGGCCCGGCCCCACCGCCCCCGCCCCGCCCCCGCGGCGCCCUCUCUCCUCCCUCUUUGUGAGUCUCGCGCCGCCGCCGCCCGCCGCGUGAGAGGACGGUUCCGCGCGCUCCGCGGCAGCGCAGUCGGCACCCCCCCCACCCCCGGAAAAUUCGCGAAGGAGGAGCCUUCGCCGUCUCCGCUAAGGGAAAGGAGCCGCCGGUGCCAGUCUCGGGCGCCAUGGCGACCGGAGCGAACGCCACGCCGCUGGACUUUCCAAGUAAGAAGCGGAAGAGGAGCCGCUGGAACCAGGACACAAUGGAACAGAAAACUGUGAUUCCAGGAAUGCCUACUGUUAUCCCUCCUGGACUGACUCGGGAGCAGGAAAGAGCUUAUAUAGUGCAACUGCAGAUAGAAGACCUGACUCGUAAACUGCGCACAGGAGACCUGGGCAUCCCCCCUAACCCUGAGGACAGGUCCCCUUCCCCUGAGCCUAUCUACAAUAGUGAGGGGAAGCGUCUUAACACCCGCGAGUUCCGCACACGCAAGAAGCUUGAAGAGGAGCGACAUAACCUCAUCACAGAGAUGGUUGCGCUCAACCCAGAUUUCAAGCCACCUGCAGAUUACAAACCUCCAGCAACACGGGUGAGCGAUAAAGUAAUGAUUCCACAAGAUGAAUAUCCAGAGAUCAACUUUGUGGGGCUCCUGAUUGGACCCAGAGGGAACACCCUGAAGAACAUUGAGAAGGAGUGCAAUGCCAAGAUUAUGAUCCGGGGAAAGGGGUCUGUGAAAGAAGGAAAGGUUGGACGCAAAGAUGGCCAGAUGCUGCCAGGGGAGGAUGAGCCACUUCACGCCCUGGUCACCGCCAACACAAUGGAGAAUGUCAAGAAGGCUGUGGAGCAGAUAAGAAACAUCCUGAAGCAGGGUAUUGAGACUCCUGAGGACCAGAACGAUCUCCGGAAGAUGCAGCUUCGAGAGUUGGCGCGAUUAAAUGGGACUCUUCGAGAAGAUGAUAACAGGAUUUUACGACCCUGGCAGAGCUCCGAGACCCGCAGCAUAACCAACACCACAGUGUGCACCAAGUGUGGUGGAGCUGGCCACAUCGCCUCUGACUGCAAAUUCCAGAGGCCUGGUGACCCUCAGUCAGCUCAGGAUAAAGCACGCAUGGAUAAAGAAUACUUGUCCCUUAUGGCUGAACUGGGUGAAGCACCUGUACCAGCAUCUGUGGGCUCUACCUCUGGGCCCGCUGCCACACCCUUGGCCAGCGCACCUCGGCCUGCUGCUCCCGCCAACAACCCGCCUCCACCGUCUCUCAUGUCCACCACACAGAGUCGCCCCCCCUGGAUGAACUCUGGCCCUUCGGAUAGUCGACCUUACCACGGCAUGCACGGAGGUGGCCCCGGCGGACCAGGAGGUGGCCCCCACAGUUUCCCACAUCCGUUACCAAGCCUGACAGGUGGGCAUGGUGGACAUCCCAUGCAGCACAACCCUAAUGGACCCCCACCCCCUUGGAUGCAGCCGCCUCCACCUCCGAUGAACCAGGGCCCCCACCCACCUGGGCACCAUGGCCCUCCUCCAAUGGAUCAGUACCUGGGAAGUACGCCUGUGGGCUCUGGGGUCUAUCGCCUGCAUCAAGGAAAAGGUAUGAUGCCGCCGCCGCCUAUGGGCAUGAUGCCACCACCGCCGCCGCCUCCCAGUGGGCAGCCCCCGCCCCCUCCCUCUGGUCCUCUUCCCCCAUGGCAACAGCAGCAGCAGCAACCUCCGCCACCCCCGCCACCCAGCAGCAGUAUGGCUUCCAGCACCCCCUUGCCAUGGCAGCAAAAUACGACGACUACCACCACGAGCGCUGGCACAGGGUCCAUCCCGCCAUGGCAACAGCAGCAGGCGGCUGCCGCAGCUUCUCCAGGAGCCCCUCAGAUGCAAGGCAACCCCACUAUGGUGCCCCUGCCCCCCGGGGUCCAGCCGCCUCUGCCGCCCGGUGCCCCUCCCCCUCCGCCGCCUCCGCCACCUGGUUCCGCCGGCAUGAUGAUCCCUCCCCGCGGCGGCGAUGGCCCGAGCCAUGAGAAUGAGGACUUUCCGCGCCCAUUGGUGACCCUUCCAGGCAGACAGCCUCAGCAGCGCCCCUGGUGGACAGGAUGGUUCGGCAAAGCAGCCUGAGUUAUUUUUGUGGACGGAAUCGGAACACACUGGCUCCAUAUCGUGAAAUUUUUAUUAAUUUUUUUUCUUUUUUCCUUUGUUACUUCUUU